AUGGGCUCUUUCUUCUCUUUCACAUUGAUAAUACUUUCAUGGGCAUCAUUACUCUCAAUGAAAGCUGAAGCUGAAGGGAUCAGAUCAGCUCGCCUUCUUGAUCUUCUCAUUAGGGACUACACAGUAAAGUCCUUUGACAGGCACUUGAGAACAGGUAUUGUACACACUGUACAUUUACCUGCAAACUUCUCAGGCAUCAAAGUCGAUACAGCAAGAUUUAGAUGUGGAAGUCUCCAUCGAUAUGGUGCACAAGUUAAGGAAUUUCAUCUGGGAAGUGGUGUGACUGUGCAGCCUUGUGCAGAAAGAGUCAUGGUAGUUAGACAAAACUUGGGUUAUAAUUGGUCAUCCAUAUAUUAUUCUAACUAUGAUCUAUCAGGUUACCAGCUUAUGUCACCUGUAUUGGGCCUCCUCGCUUAUAAUGCUGGCAGUGAUAUAAGUUUUAGUAGCCCUUUUCAGCUUGGAAUUCUUUCCAGGGAAAAACCAAUUAAAAUAGAUUUCAGCAACAUUACUAAGGCAUCCAACAUGACAGGAAUCAGGCCCUUGUGCGCCAGUUUUGAAGGAGAUGGUAAAGUAACAUUUAAAAACCAAGUAUCACCCAAUGUUUGUGUUGCAACCAUGCAUGGCCAUUUCGGUUUGGUCAUUGGAUCACCGCCAUCAAUGCCUGUAAGGAAGAAGAUUAGCAGAUGGAAAAUGGCAGUUGGAAGCUCAAUCGGUGCUGCAUUGGGUGCUUUCCUCUUGGGAUUGCUUUUGGUGGCAAUGUUUGUUAAGGUGAAGAAGAAAGCAAGAAAGGAGGAGUUGGAGAGGAGAGCAUAUGAAGAGGAAGCUCUUCAGGUUUCCAUGGUUGGACAUAUCAGGGUUCCAACAGCCUCUGUAACUCAAACAACGCCCAAUCGAACAUGA